AUACUUGACCUUUGCAUGGCUGCGAUUAACAACUGCGAAUUUUUGGAAUAGAACAGUCGGAUACAUACAUAUUUAUCCACUAACAUGGUGUUUACAAAUGCUUAUCAACAUACGAACCUAGUUCUUGUUGCCAGUUUGACUACAGUCGUUACUGUUUUGGGGUCCUAUAUUUACCGACGAUUCAAACGUCCCAAAAUACCAAAAGAAUGGAGACCGGUAGCCAAAGUGAAGAAGUUGUAUAUAUACCCGAUGAAAAGUGGGAGAAGAUUGGUAGUUAAUCGUGCAGAAUGUUCCAAAGAGGGACUUAUGGAGUCCGAAAAGUUUGAUAAGUCGUUUAGAUUGAGAGACAGGUAAGGUUUUACAAAAACGAACCUGUGAAUAUUCUUGAUUGUGGAAAUGAAGCAGCUAAGUGGAUAUCCUACUGUAUUUUAGACAAACAUUACGGAUUGAGGUUAGGGUACAAUGAUGGCGCUCAUAAACGAAUACACUUACCAGAAAUAUUCAAAGAUGAAGAAGAUUAUUAUCAAAGAGGUAUCAGCAGUGACUCAGCUGAUAUCGCCUUAGUAAAGGACCCGCCAAAGAUCCCGUCAUAGGUAUUAUGUUGGAAGUUCACAGAACUGGAGAUAUAGCUGUUGGUGAUAUUGUAUAUGUUGGAAAAUUGUGAUGUGUCGAUGUUCAAAAUAAAUGUUAGUUCAAUUGUCAAAA